AUGGCUCCAGCUCUCAGCUCCCGUGGACACCAGUGGACUUACAACCCUGUCCGAGGGUCCUGCCUGCUCCUGCUCCUGGGCAUGUCGAAUCUGCUCCUGUGCCAAGGCAACGUAUGCCCGUCCUGCUGUCCUGAUGUGUUUGAAGUCCCCCUGAAGUCCCUUAGAUACGUGUUUGUCAAUGCUGCCCAACUGUCCCUCGACAUCCUUGACCAUUCCACAAUAAUGUUCAAUGAGUUUUAUGAAAGAUAUGCCCAGGGCAAACAGUACUAUAUCAAUGCCACCAAGAGCUGCCACACCAAUCCCCUCCAUGCUCCUGAAGACAGAGAAAAAGCCCUACAGAUGACCAAUGAAGAACUUAGUAAGUGGAUUCUCAUGUUACUGUACUCCUGGAAACCACCUCUGCAUCAUCUAGUCACGAACGUGCAACAUUUGAUAGAAGUCUCAGAUCCUAUCUUAUCAAGUGCCAGAGAGAAUGUGAAUAAAGUACAAGAACUUCAAGAACUCAUAGAGAGGCAAUUCAGCCAGGUUAUUUUUCCAGUCAGGAAGAAGAUGUUGGAUGCUCACCAUUGCGGGACUGAAUUUCAAUCCCUGACAUCCAGAGAUGAAAAUAUACGUCAUUAUGCAUUUUUUAUCCUGUUCCAGUGCCUGCACAGGGACUCACGUAAAAUUGACAUUUACACCAAGAUCCUGGCAUGCCGAAGCUACAACACGUGCUAA